AUGGCUCAAUCGCCCUUCGAUACACCAUUCGACCAACUUCCCAACCCUAGACAGGUCUGGCUGGGAAAGCCCGGUAGCUAUGAAGAGGGAUUGGGAAAAUUAGCUAUUCUUACCCCUGAGGUUGUCGCCGCAGCGGCCGCUAGCGAGAUCAAAUGUGGUCGACGAGUGACGAUGGGAUGGGAAAUGACAAAAUUGGAUUAUCCCAACCUCAACCGCCAGCCAUGUCACCAUCAGAUUGUGCCUCUUCUGCGUGGCGUGGCGUUCGAUGAUAUCUAUACUAUGAACCCACAGCAAAGUAGCCAGUGGGAUGGCCUUCGUCAUUUCUCCCAGACAGUGCCUGGUCAAACCGAACGGGUGUUCUACGGCGGUACAACUAGCGAGGAAAUAACCGAUCGAAAGAAUGAUCGGAUUGGCCUCCAGCAUUGGGCCCGAGAGGGCAUUGCAGGACGUGGAGUCUUAAUUGACUACGCAUCAUGGGCCGAGAAAAAGGGAAUCAACUAUACCACUUUUUCCACCCACCAAGUGAAGCUGACCGACAUCCUCGAAAUCGCAAAGGAGAACAACAUCACCUUCAAAAAGGGUGAUAUUCUUUUCGUCCGCGUCGGUGUCACCAAGGAGUGGGAUACGUCUAUGACAGACGCCCAAAAACAAGCUUACUCCGAUAAUCCCAGCCCAGAGCAUGCUGGAGUCGAAGCGACCACGGAGGUUCUCCGUUUCUUGUGGGACACCGGUUUCUCUGCCAUCGCCGGUGAUGCUAUCAGUUGGGAGGUUUACCCACCCCAAUCUCCUGAUAUCUUCCUCCACGAAUAUGUGCUUGCUGGAUGGGGAAUGCCGAUCGGGGAACUUUUCGACCUGGAGGCGUUGGCCCGCACUUGUCAGGAACUCCAACGGUGGAGCUUUUUCGUGGCGUCUGUACCUUUGAACAUGCCCGGUGGAGUUUCUUCGCCCCCGAAUGUGAUGGCUAUCUUCUGA